GCCUUUCGGGAGUCCUUGUCGGUUUAUUCGUACUUUGUUCAUUCUUACACUAUGUUGUAAUGUGGAUAAACUUCUAUCAAGAGAAAAAACGAAUUCGUUAUUUCAUGCAAGAGGCUAGGGAAAUUGCCUGGGGUAAACGAAUGAAGAAGCAAAAUACAAGAAAGAGGGUCAACGUGAAUGAUAAACAAUUCAUCGUGGAUGGUGACAAUGUCGCGUUUCUGACCGAUGAAGGAGAAGAAUUUCUAUUGGGUGAAGAUAAGGUCACCAAGCCCGGUUUCAGCGAUCUAUUUCCGAUUUUGAUUUACAAGAUAAUUUUAAAUAAAAUGUUAACCAUGAUGAGACUAAAGAGAAAGUCAUUAGACGAGAUGGAAACCACUGUUAAUGAAAAGGAAUCAUUUUCCAGUGACGACGAGCGCAGUGAAGCAGAUUAUCCAAAGAGCAAAGCGCGUCGGCGUAAACUCGAUAGAAGAGCAAAGCCAAAAGAUUAA